AUUCUGCUGCAGUCGUCCGCGGCUUUCUCACGAGUAUCAUCCUCCCUGCUACGAGAUCGCCCGACUGAGAAUAUUUGGUGUCGUUUUAGCAAUGAGUCUCCAGGCGUCGUCACAGCUGCAUGUUUUCAGCGAGUGAAUUCAACAACAGAAAUGACAUGAAAAAGGCGGCGUUCGAUGGGAUACGCAUUCGCCUUCGGAGUAGGUUCUUCUCUUCGCCCAACCGAUGACGCCAUCGCCUCCGAAAGCCGUUGCCAUGGUCACCUUGGCCCUGCUGGUGUGCCUUCUCCCCCUCGCCGCCCCUCAGAGUGCCCCCACCACCGGCAAGAAGGGCCGAAACUUCACCGUGCACUCCUCCCAGCUCGUCUGCAGCCUGCCCGGCCCUGAGGGGCCCCCGGGGUUUCCUGGGGCCCCUGGGGCCGCCGGCUCCGCAGGCAAGAUGGGCCCCCCGGGCGUGGACGGCGAGGACGGGAGAGACGGGGAGAGGGGCCCGAGGGGGGAGCCGGGGGAACCAGGACGACUCGGGAACCCGGGCAAACCAGGGGUCGAAGGUCGUCAGGGCGUUGUGGGCAAGGCGGGGCCCCGGGGCCUGAAGGGGGUACGGGGGCCCCCCGGAUUCGCAGGCCUGGGCGGGGUCAAAGGUGAAAAGGGGGAGGACGGGGAGGCGGGGAAGCCGGGCGGCUGUAACUGCGGCAACAGCCUGGCGCGCUCCGCCUUCUCCGUGGCCGUCACCCAGAGCUACCCCAAAGAGCGGCUGCCCAUCCGCUUCAACCGCAUCCUGCUGAACGAGGGCGGCCACUACAACGCCAGCGACGGCAAGUUCGUCUGCGCCGUCCCCGGCGUGUACUACUUCACCUACGACAUCACGCUCGCCAACAAGCACCUGGCCAUCGGCCUGGUGCACAACGGCCAGUACCGCAUCAAGACCUUCGACGCCAACACGGGCAACCACGACGUGGCCUCGGGCUCCACCGUCCUGCGUCUGCAGCGUGGCGACCAGGUGUGGCUGCAGAUCUUCUACUCCGAGCAGAACGGCCUCUUCUUCGACCCGUACUGGACCGACAGCCUCUUCACUGGCUUCCUCAUCUUCGCCGACCAGGACUUCCUGAACGAGGUGGACCAGAAGGCCAACGCCGCGUCUGCCUCGCCGUUGGUCGUGGAUUGAGAGGAAGCUUUAGCCUGAUUUAUACUCCCGCGUCGAACCUACACAGAGGCUACGUUUCUGGGCAGGCGCGUGUCAGGCUACGCUUUAAGUUACGGCUUAGGAACUUGGCUUCACGUAGACUAUGCCGUAGGCUCUGUGUAGUUUUGACGGGGAAGUAUAAAUCAGGCUUAGAAGUUUCCACUAGGGACCGUCUCACAUGGAUUGACAAGACGCUUAGAAGUUUCCACUAGGGACCAAGGACAACAAACUAAUUUAGCGGAUGCACUUAUUCAGACUCACACAGUUUACGUCAUAAUUUAUCAUUUGUCAUUCCGUUGAUGCUUUUAUCCCAAAGAGAAUUACAGUUGAUUAGACUAAGCAGGGGACAGUCCCCCCUGCAUAACCCCCCUGCAAUGAGGGUUUAAGGGCUUUGCCUGACUCUGAGGGCUGGAUAGCUGUGCUUAUCGUGGCUACACCGGGGCUCGGCUCGGCUAUGGACUGACAUUCCCUGACAUACUCACCAAGUAUACAGGCAGGUAUCUACAGAAGCCCUUCUGGUUACAUUCCUUACUCUGCGGCACAGCCGCUGGGCCCGACCUGGGAUUCGAACCUGCAACCUGCCGGCCUCGGGAGUGACCAGCUCCCGCACGCCACUGCAGGCUCCAGUCCUGAGAGGGUCACGCCUUCCGCUGGCUCUCGGGUGUGUUUGAACCCUGACGUGAUGUAAUCAAGGCUUGUGCGGAGUGGCUUGGCUGGAGUGAGUCCAAGGCCGAAAUCGGGGCAGCGAUCGACGUAACGCCCCCCGGACACUCGGUCUCUCUGACGCCCCGCCCCGGCAGAGGGGGCGAUGCUGGAACACUUGGGACCGGUCCAGUGGAAGCGGGUGUAGCUGCCAUCAAACCCUGAGAACGUCAGCUUGCUAAACUCUGCUUGCUGUGAGAAAUUAAGAAUAUCGAUGUGCUAAACGCACAUUCUUUCAUUCGCCUUUUAGCGCAAAUCUUAAAAUCUUAAAAUAAAAUAAAAAUGUGCCUUUUAAUGGUGCUAUCUCCUCCCGUGUUCGCAUUGCAUCCCAGCGCUGCCAGGUUGUGUUCUGAUCUGAACGGUAGACUGAGCGGUACUCAGUCAAACCACUGCCUCUGACUUCAUGCUAAAUAAUUCACUGGUGCGUCUUUGUUUAAGAUGAACUUAAACAUGGAGGAAUGGAGGAGUUGGUCACCCCUGAAUUUGCAGUACCAGUUUAGAGUACUGUACACGCAUGCAAACGGCUUGCAGUUCAGCAUUAGCUUCGCCAAAAUGCAUUGUUAACAGGAUCAUUUCCACUCUGUGGUGGCAGUGACUUGCAGUCCCGGUUAAGGAAUGGUUUAAGGAACUUUAAAAAAAAAAAAGCCUGAAUGUAAUUUUCUGUCUGUAUAUAGACAGAUUAGAUUUUUCUUAACAUUUGUCAACAGUUUUGAUUUGCUUAUUUGUUUUGUGUUUUUAAUCAUAGAUGCACAUGUUGCAUAUUUGAAUUUUUUUUUUUGUUGUUUUUUUUUGUCAUAUAUCAAAUAACUUGUAUAAACAAACUUUGACACUA